AACAUUAUUGUGUCAGUAAUUUUGUAAUUUGUUGCUCAUAUAUUACAUUGAGUCCGUGACACAAAAUAUGCAGGGCUUCAGAACGUUUUCGAAACCUCAUUUAUUUGCUACACAAGUGCGCCGUUUAAGUGAUAAAGCUCAUAAUGUGAAAAAGACCCCUUUGUAUAAUUUACACGAGAAAUAUGGAGGUAAAAUUGUUGAUUUUUCUGGUUUUCUUCUUCCCGUGCAAUACACCGAUAUGAGCGUUUCGGCAUCCCAUCUCUUUACCAGAAGCAGUGCCUCUAUCUUCGACGUAUCUCAUAUGUUGCAGACUAAUGUUUACGGUAAAGACUGUGUGAGUUGGUUUGAAUCAAUAUGCCCCGUGGACCUAAAAGGCAUGGUUGAUGGAUCCAGCUCCCUUACCGUGUUUUUGAACGACAAAGGGGGUAUAAUUGACGACUUAAUCGUCACUAAAGUAAAAGGAGAUCAGCUGUAUAUAGUUUCUAAUGCAGGAAGAUUAGAAGUAGACAAACAACAUAUGCGUGACACCUCUGAAAUAUUUCGGAAAUCAAAUAAGGACGUCACAGUUGAAUUUUACGACGUCAGUGAAAGGGCUUUAAUAGCAGUGCAAGGGCCAAAAGCUGCCGGUAUAUUGCAGAAGCUUACGAACUUCUCCUUAGAUGAUCUGACGUUUAUGACCAGUCGAACUGGAACCGUGGCAGGAGUUGAGUGCAGAAUAACUCGGUGUGGUUAUACGGGUGAAGACGGUGUAGAAAUUUCGAUACCACCUGAGAAAGCGGACAUAGUAACUGAAGCUUUGCUUCAAUCGAGCGAAAUAAAAUUGGCUGGGUUAGGCGCACGGGAUUCUUUACGUUUGGAAGCUGGAUUGUGUUUGUACGGGAAUGAUAUUACCGAUAAAAUAACUCCUGUAGAGGCGAAUCUGACAUGGUUGAUAGCAAAAAGGCGUCGCAAUGAAGCAAACUUCCCUGGGGCUGAUGUUAUAUUGAAGCAAAUCAAAGAUGGAGUGAGUAAGAGAAGAGUUGGAAUAAGGAUAGAAGCGGGCGCCCCAGCAAGAAAAGGUGCAGUGCUUAAAAAUUUUAACGGAGAUGUCGUUGGAAAUAUUACGAGCGGUUGCCCCAGUCCUUCACUAGGGGGCAAUGUAGCUAUGGGAUAUGUACUUGAACAAAACAAAAAAGUCGGCACUGAACUUCAAGUGAAUGUAAGAAAUAAUAACAUUGCUUGUGUUGUAUCAAAAAUGCCCUUUGUACCCUCUAAAUACUACAUAAAGAAAUAAAAAACCAUUGAAUUAA